CAUUCAAUUUCAAAGCCCAAAGCUCUCAUAUUUCAUCCUUCUCUCACCGUCGUCGUCUUCCCUUUCCCAGACCCAUACCUUCAAAAUUGGAUAGUCCGAACCCGACCCAUUUCACUGAUUGGGUUUCAGAUUCAGAUUUGAGAAAAAGAAAAGUCAACACUGAAGAUUGAAGAAGAAGGAAGCUCAAACAACAAAUACGAAGCUUUGCGUGUGCUCUGCUUGCAACAAUGGCGGAUCCGAAGAAGGAAGGCUUCCUCACCUACGCUUAUAUUCUGCUCUACAUUGCUCUUUCCAGCGGCCAGAUCUUCUUCAACAAGUGGGUUUUGUCAUCUAAGGAAAUAAACUUCCCUUAUCCCCUUGGGUUGACUCUACUUCAUAUGAUCUUCUCCUCUGUUUUGUGUUUUGUAUUAACCAAAGUUCUAAAGAUUAUGAAGGUUGAGGAGGGAAUGACUCAUGAAAUAUAUGUUAGUUCAGUAAUGCCAAUUGGGGCUAUGUUUGCAAUGACUCUUUGGCUGGGGAAUACUGCCUACCUGUAUAUUUCUGUUGCAUUUGCACAAAUGCUGAAGGCAAUUAUGCCUGUAGCUGUUUUUGUGCUUGGAGUAGCUGUAGGACUUGAGACAAUGAGCUGCAAAAUGCUUUUGAUCAUGUCCUUGAUUAGUUUUGGUGUCCUAGUAGCUUCUUAUGGAGAGAUAAAUAUAAAUUGGGUUGGAGUAGUUUACCAAAUGGGAGGUGUUGUUGGUGAAGCUCUAAGACUUAUUUUCAUGGAGAUUUUUGUUAAGAGAAAGGGUCUGAAGUUGAAUCCUAUAUCAGUGAUGUAUUAUGUUAGUCCAUGCAGUGCAAUUUGUUUAUUCCUUCCAUGGAUUUUUCUAGAGAAACCAAAGAUGGAUGAACAUGGACCUUGGAACUUCCCUCCUGUUUUGCUUAUCCUCAACUGCCUUUGUACUUUUGCUCUAAACUUAUCAGUUUUCCUUGUUAUUACACACACAAGUGCUUUAACCAUUCGUGUUGCCGGAGUUGUCAAGGAUUGGGUGGUUGUCUUAGUGUCUGCUCUGUUGUUUGCUGAUACAAAGCUGACAAUGAUAAAUUUGUUUGGUUACGGAAUUGCCAUCGCUGGGGUAGCCGCGUACAAUAAUUACAAGUUAAAGAAAGAAGCUACACAUGUGUCCCCAAAUGAUUCUCCGAAUGCUUCUGAGCAUGGUGAAUCUUCCCAUAGGCUAGAGUCACAGCCUUUAACAAGAAGAUAAAUAGCGUCUUGGACCAACGCCAGAGUUGUUCAUGCCCUUUCCUGAAGUUGAUAAGAACAUAUAGUAGAUAAUGAUACAAUUCUCACAUAAUGUGACAAAGAAGCCAUCAAACGUUAAUGUAGUAUUGAAAAGUAUAAGCAAGCAUCAUUACACAGCUGAUCAUACAGCGGAGGAAUCGAUGUGCAGAUGUAAUAUAUAUACUCACUUUUAUCCUUUCAAAUAGAGGAGCUAGGCCAUAGCAUUCGGAUUUUGAGGAAUUUUGAAGUCAUUCAAAAAGAUUAUUUCUUUGAAGCAAUUACCACUUUCAAUCUUCGCAGCUCAUUAUUUCAAGUUGAAAUGAAAAUUCCAAGAUUAAAAGCCGAGGCAUCCACCAUUUAUUAUAUUUGCACAUGUGCUGGUAGUUGCCAAUUGCCAUGGUUUUAUGCUAAUUUUUUAUGUUACAGAGAUUAAACCUUGUACAAUUGUUUUGUUUGUUUGUAACGUACCUUAACAUUAUUCAACAUAAGGAGACAGAUACAGAAUUAUAGAAUAGAUUGAUUCAAUGUUGGGGAUCCUUGCACCACUGUAAUCCUUUUUAAUCUUGAUGCUUUCAAAUUUCAA